AUGGUUGUCAAGCUGCAGAUCCUCAUCCACAAGCAGGACCAUAUCAGCGAGGAAGAGUUCCACCGCUACUGGUCCGAGGAGCACCCCAAGAUCUGGCUGAACACGGAGAUCGUCAAGAAGAAGAUCAUCACGUACUCUCAGUUUCAUGUCGACAAGAAGUCCACGGCGGUCCUCUCCCAGUUCGGCGUCGACAUCGGGUCGUGGGAUGGCAUCGUGACCAUGGUGGCCGAAAACAUGGACGACCUGCUGAGCGUCUUCGGAGACGAAGAGUAUCUCCGCGUGGUGGUCCCGGAUGAGAAGAAGUUCCUCAAGCGCGAGACGGGCAUUAUGAUGAUUGGCGAGGACCGUCCCAAGAAGGUCGACGGGAAGGUCGUGGUGGAUAUUUCCAGGUAG